AGCAUGUGGACAGAGUUUGAGUGGGAGAACAGGGUGAAUGUAUCGACGAACAUGUCAUAUGUCUCCUGGCUGUUAUACCGACUUUCCGACUUUCUCGCUAACUCAUACGUAGUGACCCUCUCGACUACCUGAAACACUGAGGUCCACCAACGUGUCCUGUCGAACACCACCAGGAGCCAUGUCGGGUAACUGCGAUUCCCUAAAUGCAAACAUGCAUGCUCGAAGUCUAUUCGGCGAAGACGCGUCAGCCAAUCUUACCAUCGAGAAGACAGAAGCUGGGAUCGUUGAUAUUCGGAGUAAGACGCAGUGUAUUUCUUAUGUGAGUUUUUUUAAAACUGCGUUUGGGGUUGAGGUCCACUGGAUUCAGGGUGGGAUUGUAGCUCAGACUGAUGGUAAGCACGCUGGUACUGAUAGAUCAUCGAACUUUGCUUCUCAACAGAUGUGACAAUGCACUAUGAGUUUUUUGUGUGUGUACUACUGAAUCAUAAAAAACCAAUC